AUCGUAACCGUUUAUGAUUUUCGCCUCUGUUUGGCUAUCCAUCGUAUUAACGCAGGAAAGGGGGAUUAUUCUUGAACACUUUCAUUGAACAAAAUCUACAUAAGAGAAAAAUGAAGAUUUUGGUUAGUUGUUAAUAUUAUCAACAUAUAAUAUAUGGUACUUAUAUAAUAUAUAUGCAUAGUCGUAGUAAUAAGUAACAGUACGGUACUAGUACGUAAUACUCAACUCUAUUAAUGACCUAAUAAACUAAUUUUUAAGAAUAAGCCUACUCGAGGCUACUCGCUACUCAUAAUAAUUAUUUCUGAAUGAAGUGAAUGAAUUGGUAGUGUUUGAGUUUGUGUUGUUAACUAGUGUUAUAAGACGACUAACUAACGCACAUAUUCUGGUGAAGGUCUGAGAUUACUCUCUUAUGACCCCGGCUAGUAAAUUGGCUAUCAACUCCAUCUGUUGAGCUGAGCCAUACAACAUGUCCCUCACAAAGGAUCCUCCAACCGCCCUGGCUUCCCCUGGGAGAUCUAGUGCGGGACACUCCGUCAACAGAUGUUCUAAGGUCUCCGGGGCCAGGCUGCAGUGCCGGCAGGUAGGAUCUCUGUUGUUGUCCAACCUCCAGAAAUAUGUGCGCAGGGGGCAGUGCUCGGUGCGCAUCUGCGUUACUAAACUCUGCACUCUACGACCUAACCCCCACCAUGGGUCUUGUUUGCUAGGAGUAGGCAAGUUCGAAUAGACGCCUCUGGCGGUCGUGUUGUCAGCCCAUUGCCUGUACCACUUCUGCCUGAAGUGGUCCGCCAGCCAGUUUUUGACUCCCAAGAAAGUCAUUGGUACUUCUGGCUGAGGCUGGGCAGCCCCGGUUUUCGCCAGAGUGUCAGCUAUCUCAUUGCCACUGAUGUUGACGUGCCCUGGUAUCCAUUGCAUUUCAACCUUGCACCCUAUUUCAUCAAGUCUGCAUAUGUCGUUGUGAAUGACGUCGACCAAGCUUGUGGUACCCUGUCUCUUCUCCAAGAUCUCAAGAGCGGAUCUUGAGUCUGAGAAGACGACAAUAUCGAGCCCCGCAUGCUCCGUCCCUUCCAGAGUGACACGGACUCUCUCCAAGGCCUUGUGCAUAGCUAUAAGCUCCGCGUCGAAGUUUGACGCUGUAGUCCCACAAGGCCCGGAGAGUUUUUCAUCGGGCGGUCCACCUACUGGGUACUGAAUAAGCGCACCGUACCCAGCAGUUUUUUUCCUAAAGUCAGCAGAGCCGUCCGUGAACACUUUCACAGGUAUGUGCGUGAACACAUCCAUGGUCUCAAGGGCAGCCACUCUCUGUACAUGUUCAGGGCUUCGUUUCGUCACUGCUGCAUCUGUCAAGGCCAAAUGUAUGGAGGGGCGUGAGGGUUCCGCAUAAGGCGGAUUAACUGGGAUUUGGGUCAGGCGUUCUCUAUUUGGGGGCAGGGGGACUGUCCUCUCCAGCUCCACGACCUGGUGCAUGAAAGAGGACCUCUUUAGUCUCCUGCCACCCACCCAGUUAUUUUGCAUUUGAAAGGCUGGUUCAUUUUCACCGAGCCGUCGGUACCUCUCUACGGUAUUUAAGAUGGAUUUUUCCCUUCUAAUUUGUAGUGGUUCUACAUUGGCCAAGACUUCUACAGCAGCUGUGGGAGUAGUCCUGUAUGCGCCACAGAUGAAUCUCAGUGCCUGAUUCUGGAUUCGGCCCAGUUUUUCCAAUGCGGUCUUGCUUGCAAAGGAUUGGACCGGCAUACUGUAGUCCAUCACCGACCUUACACUGCUUAGAAAGAGAGCUCUAAGCGUACUUGCGUUCGCGCCCCAACUUGUGCAAGCCAAUUUUUUCACCAGGUUAAGCUUGGCGGUCGCCUGGGAGCAGAGGUCCUGUACAAAAUUGUGCAUUUGUACCUUUUGGUCCAGCUUAACUCCCAAGUAGACCGGUUGUUUGUCCCACUUUAGUGCUACAUCGCCCACCUUGAGCUCGAUCUCCUGUUUGAGAAUGGUCCGCCCAUUUGUGAAGAGUGAGUAGACCGUCUUCUCGGUGUUAAUUUCCUGAUGCCACCGCCGCAAGCAACGACUACUAUAAAGGCGGCAAUGUCUUCCGAGUCCAAGGUAUUAUAUGUCUAAUUUAAUUAUGAUAUAAGUUUUUUCUAUUGUUUAUUUUCUUGAAAGGUGGGGGGAGAGACUUGAGAGACUCUAAGGAGGUCUGCCCCCCUCCCCUCCACCUGAAAAUAAUAAUGUUGAAAAGUCCAGUGAAAUUGCGAGAUUAUAGAAAUGAAUAGCAUGGGUAUGCCAUAUGGCAUAUGGGUAAUUCUUAUUUAUUCUUUCAACCAAUCAAAAUGCAGCAUCAUCAAUGUUAGAGUCUUUUACUUUUGCUCUUGGUCUUGGGGUAUUGGCAAGGAUAAUUUUAUUUUUUAAAAUUUCAUUUGAACCUUGUAAAGUGAAUUUUUAUAAAAAUGAAGGGAAAUUUUCAUUUUGAUAAAUAUAUUUCCUAUUAACAUUAUCGGGUAUGAGAAUUAAUUUAUGAUGUGAAUAAUGGCUAACGCUCAGUGAAAAAUUGGAAAGUAUCAUACAAACUGUUCAUGUCCAACUAUUGGUCUUUUUACACUAAGUCCAGUGUUGGGAUACCCCAAAGUAACAUCAGUGCACUUAAGUGAGGCAACUCUGCCAAAACCCAUACCUCUAACUAAAUCUUUUACAUGUGACGUCAGUUUUUGAUCGCCCAUUAGCUGAUAAUAAUAACUUGCUAAUUAAAUAAGAACAUUUGGCUUAAUUAAUAAUAUGCACUGAUUUAGUCCAAUGUUAAAAGAUAAAUCAUUUAAUUUUAAUUGAAAACAUAUUUUAUUCAAUUAAGUUAACAAGACCUUUUUUAGUCUGACACUGACAGACUAAGAACUCAUACUUCCAUUUAAAUCCUUACAAUUGAAACUUAUCUUUAAUUUUAAAAGAACUUUGAUCCCCUGUGCACUUCCAAACUUAAUUAAUGAAAAUAUAAUUCUCAAGAAUUCAGGUACGCUAAAAAAAAAGGUUUCAAACCUUCAUUACUUUUUUCGACCCACCAUAUUUUGUUCCUAAUUGGUUGUGGAUAUCUUAAAUGUGUCAUUAUUAACCUUUCAAAACUGAUAUUUAUGCACUUACAAAUAUAAAUGUUGGGGGUGAAAUUUGAGUUCACUAUCUUUUUUUCAGAAUUUAGUUUAACUGUUUUGUUCAAUAUGUUAUUUUUAAUUUGGUUGCUUUUCAGAAUUUAGUUUAACUGUUUUGUUCAAUAUGUUAUUUUUAAUUUGGUUGCUUUUCCAGAAGGCGACCCUUGUAGUGAAGUCAUUAGGAAGUAUUUCAAACGUUUAUGUCUAUCAUAUACCUUUUUUUUUUCCAUUCUGUUUAGGAAAGGAGUUGAUAUAAAGAAACAAAAGCAUGGCACAAGUCAUUUAAAAUGUUUUUUUUUGUAAUGACAUAUAAGUAAUUAGUGUGGUUUCUAACAGUUCUAUGUAAGAAUGCCAUCAGUAGUUAAUGGAUUUGGAAAAGUAAGUGUUAUUACACUGGCUAUUGGCAUUUUUAUAGGUAUUUCUGUAUCAAACAUAUUUCGUUUUACAACAUCACCAAGAAAUUCACUAUCGGGAUACAUUCCUGUGGAUCCUCACAGUCAUGGGGAGAACGAUGAUGUCAGUGGACCAGAUAAUUCUCUCAGUUGGCAUGAUGAACAUUCUCACAGCCAUGCCAGUAAGACAUUUUUUUUCAAAUAAUUUUCAGACUUAGUUAAAGUAUGUUUCAUUGAAUUUUAUCCUAAAAAUUUCCCCUAUUAUUCUGCUUUCAGAAGCUGCUUUUUACUCUAAAAUAAACUACUUUAAUCUGCAAUUCCAUGUCAGAAAAAAAUUAGUAUAAUUUUUAACUUCAUUUUCCUCUAAACUUAAACAGCAAAGAUUAUGUUGUGUUAUAGUAUUAGCUUAAAUAAUGAUGAUUUCAUUAAUUUAAAUAAUUUUAUAAGUACUCUAUUUGUUGUACUCAUUCUUAAUCAUUUUAAUGAUAAUUGAGAAUGCAUUUACGUGUAUUUUUCAUUACUGAACUCGAAAUACUUGAAUAUACAUAUUGCAUUAUAAAUAGGCAUUCAGAGAAUAAAUAAUUCAGUUAGAUUUAUUCUGCAUGAAUGUGCAUCCAUCUGACAAAUCACAUAAGAGCCAGUCUAAUAUAGUAUGUUAUGAGUUAACUUUAUCAAAUUUAAUGGACAUUAACCAGCCUCUGAUUUUGUUACAUAGAUGAGAACAAUUCUGUUGCCCGAUACCUGUAUAAAAAGGUGCGAGUACUGUGUUGGGUCAUGACGAACCCUAACAACAUUCAGACAAAAGCAAGACACGUGAAAGCUACUUGGGGGAAAAGGUGCAAUAUUCUGCUCUUCAUGAGUUCUAAAUCAGACUGGGAGUUGCCAGCUGUUGCACUAAAUGUUGCGGUAAGAAGUUAAACAUUUUAUAGUAAUAAGCAAUGGUCCCUCUUAUUUAUCUGAGGCUGUGUGUGCAAUAUAUCUUUUGAAAAGCCACAAUAAUAAUACAAUUUUAAAAAUGCAUCAAUGUUGUAAAUUGUAUCUGCGUGUGCAGGAGUUACAGAUUGAGCACAGCUGAGAGAGAAUAUUGAUCCCUUCCAACUUCGUUAUUUAUUUAUUGACACUGUUAUAAGGUGUUGCAAAUUUACUCUGAUUUAAGAUUUGACAUGUUAGAUGAACAAAAUGUAAAAAGGGGCUGAAAAUCAGCAUAGAAAGAAAAACGAUACCAAAGCUAGUCAUUUUAAAAGUAAUCCAUUUUAAGUUGAUAUCAAAAUGCAAAAGCAAAUAUACAGACGUGAAAAAAUAUAAUACUAGAAAGGUAAAAUAUUAAUACCCAUACAAACAGUGAAAAAUUCGUGUAAGUCUGCCUGUCACAGUUGACCGUCAUAUUUAUAGUCUGGGAGUCAGAACGCAACAGAAUAGAAAGUCUCUAAAUUCAGUCAUAAGGGAGUAUUUUCUACCUCUAUGUGGACCUUCUGGAAAUUGUAAACAAACUUUCUCAAUCAACUGCCAUGGGGGAAAAGAGAGGCAGCACGUAUCACAGAGUUAAUUGGUGAUGUCAUUAACAAAAAUAAAGUGGGAGGUAAGGGAUGCAUGCCACCGCUCGACACUAUUCAGGUUAAACAAAACCAUGUCAACACAAAGGCUAUAACAAACACUAUACACAAUGUACUUGCAUUUGGUUCUUCAUUAAACUUCAUUAUUUAAACCCAUGUUCUGGUUCUUCUAAGUUACUAAGGUUCAUGAUUGAAUGAUAUUAAAAAAAAUUCUGGAAUAUUUAGAGAUUCUAUCGAUAUUGUUUGUUGCUUAGAUAUGUUAUUUUCUUAUUGAAAUUAAUUUUGUUCACGUUUUUAUGGCUAGCAAUUUUCAUGAAAUAUGUUAAUUAUAUUCUUUUUUUAUUCUCUGCUUUGCAGAAUUAAACACUUUGUACUGAAAAUUUAUUGUCUUAAAUAACAAAACCAAAUUUUUUCAGGAAGGUCGAGAUCACCUGUGGGCUAAAACCAAAGCAGCAUUUAAAUAUAUUUAUUCCCAACACUUAAAUGACGCUGACUGGUUUGUGAAGUCGGAUGAUGAUACAUACAUUGUUGUUGAGAAUCUACGGUAUUUCCUCCAGAAUAAAUUACCCUCAGAACCCGUCUUCUACGGGCGAAGGUUUAAGCCUAUGGUCAAGCAGGGCUACAUGAGUGGUGGUGCAGGGUAUGUUCUCAGCAAGGAAGCCCUUUCAAGAGUAGUAACACAAGGGCUGGACAAUCCUGAGAAGUGUCGAAGUGACAAUGGAGGAGCUGAAGAUCUAGAAAUGGGCAAGUGUCUUGAAAAUGUUGGCGUCUUGGCAGGAGACACGAGAGAUGAACUUGGCAGAGAGAGGUUCCAUCCCUUUAUACCUGAGCAUCAUCUCAUCCCUGAUAUACUACCAAAAGAAAUGUGGUAUUGGUCCUAUAAUUUUUACCCAGCAAAGCAGGUAAGAAAUAUAUUCCAUGUUUGACAAUUAUAUAUUAUAGGGUGUAGCUGUCCCUACCGCUAUGACACAGGGCAGAUGUGUUCCUAAUUUGCAUUAUGAUCUAGUUUCAGAAUUUUCAGAACCUUUAGAUCUUACUUUUUUCUAGUAGAAUUUAAUAACUUCCUUUAAAUUUGUUAGAAAUUCUAAUGUAUUAUUAAACUUUGCCAUUGAUCCAAUAUUUGAUUGAAUUUGAAGAGUGAAUUUUAAAAAGGGUCAGACCUCCCACCCACAAAAGUCUAACUUUAGUGACAAGAUACUUCAGAAAAGAAUUUUGUUUUCAAGUAAGCAGUGACUAAGUUAACUUUUGAUUGAUUUCAGGGUCAAGAAUGUUGCAGUGACUAUUCCAUCACAUUUCAUUACAUCACCCCUAAUAUGAUGUAUGUGCUAGAGUAUCUCAUAUACCACCUGAAACCGUAUGGGAUAAACACAGUAAUCCAUCAGGAGCUGUCGAGUCCUGCAGCAAACUUAGAUAAACCUAACAGUGAAAACAAUAAUCCAGUUCUCGUUCAACAACAAGAUGACAGCAUUGUUAAUGACAUCAUAAAAAAGUCGGAUGAUAGGGAAUUAAAUACAUAUAGCUUAGAAAAAGUCAAAGAACAAAGUGAGAAUGACUUGGAAAAUAUGGUAGACAAUGGUGAAGGAUGAAGCCAAAUCAAAUAAGGUGAGGCACAUCUAUGUACUCAUGUUCUCCGGGUGCCCACAUCUAUGUACUCGGGGUGCCCACAUCUAUGUACUCAUGUACUCGGGGUGCCCACAUCUAUGUACUCAUGUACUCGGGGUGCCCACAUCUAUGUACUCAUGUUCUCGGGUGUCCUCCUCAACUGCCCUUUGUCACCAGUAAAUGUCUGGUAAUCAAGCCAAGUUUUAAAAAUCUAGUAUUUGGCUAUGUACAGUUUGAAGUGUUAACUCCCAAAUUUUUGCUUAAGGGUUUCAAUAAUUUUAUGCGGAUUUAAAGCUGUUAAUAAUAUUAUAAUUAUACUAAAAACUGAAUGAGCAUGCUUUACUAUUAAUUUCACAUGUAGCUAAUCAAAAUGAUACACAGACUAAGUUUGAAUUGUACUUUUAACAAUGAAUGUUGUUAAGUUUUAAAAUAUGCACUAGGCUUUAAUCUGCUUAUAUAAUUCACACUGUAUGUCUGAAACUAAUUGUAAGAAAGACCACCGUUGUAACAUGUUUUGCAUUUAGUGAAAAUGCAGUUGAGCACCCUUUAAAAUUAUUGACAGUCUAAUGCAAUGUUUCGCUCAAUACAGCACAGAAUACAAAUGUCAACAAGAAUGAAUCAGCUGAAGAGAUUCAUGUGCCACAUGCAGCAGAUAAUCAAAACAAGCUCACGAAAUUGUGGAGCAUGCAAAAGUACAUUAAGCAUUUUCAUGUCACAAAUACUUGCCAUGUGCAGCAGAUAAUCAAAACAAGCUCACGAAAUUGUGGAGAAUGCAAAAGUACAUUACCGUAAGCAUUUUUAUGUCACAAAUACUUCUGAAUAUAAGAUUCAAGAUGUAGGCCUAGAAAGCGGUCUGCUUUAUGCGUUAAGCCCAUCUAUCUGCUAAGUGGUGGCAGUUUUAAGUCCUUUCAAUGGAUGUUAUUUGUUUUAAAAACAAUGUUGACAUUUGUUUUAAUUCUACUAAUUAUUUGAUAAUGCAUGAAUAUACUCCCCUGAACAUGUCUUAAGUCAAUGCUAAAGUAACAACAUGAACAUUUUUGCACCUCACCAAAAACAUUUACAUGAAAAAUCAUUCAAUCUAAAGACAUUAUCUUUGAGGACAGUAAAUCUGUAUUUAACCUCAAAUCUCAGGUCAUUUGUGAAAAUUAAGUAAAUAAGCGCAUUUUUAUCCAAAAAGUUUGUGAAAAUGAAUGUCUUUUUUUUUUAGGAGUCAUAGGUAGAUACCUUUGUCUCUUAGUGUGUUGAUAAUUGUGAACUUUUAUGUAUUGCUGAAAUGUACAAUAUUCAAUAAUAAAAACAUUUUGUCAUUUUCUACAGGUAAAAUAUGUCAUAAUUCCCUGAAUAAGUAAUGUAUGCCAGAAAUAUUACAAAUUAAAAGGAAAUAGCUAAUUCUAGG